GAACUCGCCACAGGAAGCCCGAGGAGCAAAUAUUCCAAACCCAGCGUUACAUUCUUAGAUAACAAUUACGGCUCAGUUUUGAAUUGUUAAUUGGAUUACCCUGCAAUUCAAUGCCGUAAGGUAAUACUCGGGAAAAUCUUAUGACCUUAGUUGUACUAACACGUAACGUAUAGUGUGAUUGUAAAGGUUGGUACAGUGAACUGCAAUGUCUUUAUCGUUGUUCUUGUCGGUCUCCAGACGACAGUCAUCAAUUGUGAAACAUUUACAGAGGUUUCAUGCAGCCAAAAUCUCCAGAAGAACAGCAGUACUUGGCUAUUAUCGAGAGAAAUCCUAUCAAGCCUUUCAAGAAUCUCAUCAAGAUGAACUUUUCUCACCACUCGACCCUUGUGAACUGGCUCCAAAGAGAAAGUAUCCUUUAGCAGGGAUCAAAUAUCUUCCUGGUUCUGACGGUAAGGGAUUCCCAGAGUUCCUAGCAAACCCUCGACAAGGUCUUCCACAAGCGUACAAGAUACAGCAUGCUGACCAGUUUUCUAUCAGUGAGUGGGCUCAACACUGCAGGAAGCUGCUCGAUGAACAGUUACCAAAGUAUGGUGUGGUGUUGUUUCGUGGACUUCCUCUGUCUACAGGAGAACAUUUCUCAUUGUUUUCAAAUGCCUUGGGUUAUACUGCCAUGGGAUACGAUGGAGGAACUGGGGAACGACCCACGUUUGAUCAAGAAGCUCAGAUCUAUGUUUCUACUUUAGAAGACAAGGCUAACAAUAUGGAGCCACACAACGAGAUGUCGUAUUUGCCGGUGUAUCCUAGAAAGGUAAUAUUUCACUGUAACGUACCACCAGAAGCGGGCUGUGGAGGAGUAACGCCCAUUACCAGGAACUCUGAGAUACUAGAGCUACUUGAUCCAAAGAUAGUCCAGAAAUUCGAAGAGAAGCAGGUUUGUUACAUUAGAACUCAACCCGAUGGAAUCAAAAGUUACCUUCCUACGUGGCAAGACUCAUUUCGUACCGACGACCGCAAGAGAGUUGAAAAAGUUUUAGAAAAAAUAAAAUCUACGUACAAAUGGAACCAAGAUGGCAGUCUCUGUUACCGGUACAAUUUACCAGCAACCAUCUACCAUCCACAAACAGGAGAAAAAGUUUGGUUUAACCAGGCUUGCGCUCACCACUGUACUUACUUAAAAAACUCACCGAUGUUUGACGGAGUUAUCUUCGAGUCUGACUCUCACUACCCCACUCAUACUACUUAUGGAGACGGGACCGAAAUUGAACCGGAAGUGCUCCAGUACAUCCGGGAGAUUGGAUGGAAAUGUACCGUGGGAUUCGAAUGGGAGAAAAGUGACACUUUGGUGCUUGACAAUCUUAAAGCCAGGCAUGGUAGACUUAGCUAUACUGGAGAACGUAGAUUACUAGUCUAUAUGUCUAGUGACUAGCUGAUAGAAUGAUCAUACUAUGAGCCAGGCAUGGUAGACUUAACUAUACUGGAGAACGUAGAUUACUAGUCUAUAUGUCUAGUGACUAGCUGAUAGAAUAAACAGACUAUGAGCCAGGCAUGGUAGACUUAACUAUACUGGAGAACGUAGAUUACUAGUUUAUAUGUCUAGCGACUAGCUGAUAGAAUGAUCAUACUAUGAGCCAGGCAUGGUAGACUUAACUCAAGCACUGGAGAACGUAGAUUACUAGCCUAUAUCUGCAGGGACUAGCUGAUAGAAUAAACAGACUAUGAGCCAGACAUGGUAGACUUAGCUGUACUGGAGAACGUAGAUUACUGAUCUAUAUGUCUUGUGAUCAUAGCUGAUAGAAUAAACAGACUAUAAGCCAGACAUGGUAGAAUGAGGUAUACACCUGAGUACUAUUGAGCAAUUUGUCUAUUUUUCAGCACGUCAAUCAGUCAGGAAAAAAUCAAGACCCUGGGACAGGGUAUGCUUUGAUACCUAGCUGUCCUGGGUGGGAGAGUUUACCCCGAAGUCUUCAACUGAGUAUAAAGGCGAAGAGUUUCGAAAAACAGUGAUAUAGUUAAUAAUAAACGAUUGAAGCCAUUUGGGUAAAAGAAUUGAAAAAUAUAAAUAUUGAAACGUAACAACGUAGCAAUAGACAUAGCAAAGGGAGCCCAACUUAGAUAUUAUCAUCUACUUCUGAAUUACAGGCAGUGCCAGUCGCUAAUAAUAAAUAAGAAGCCAUA